CCGUUGCUUUUCCUCAAAACGACAGAGUUUUGGCCUUCGUCGCCCGUUCUGUUGUUGUUCCGCGGGGUAUAGUCUGCACGGUGACAGAGAGUGUUUGCUCUCCUCCCACGUUUAGUUGUUGAUUUCCUGGAUACGUGCGAUCGUAGAGAAGCGUAGGAGUAGGAUAAAAGCCGGCAAGUUUCGUCGGAGAAGAUGGGGAUCGACGUGAAAUCGAUGGCUCGCAAAGUCGAGGUCGAUAAUCGGAUUCCUCUCCGUAAUUACUACCGAAUCGCCGACAAUCUCCUUAGACAGGCUCGUAUUUACCGGGACGAGAAGAAUAUUGUAGAUUUGUAUAUAAUACUUCUUAGAUAUUCAAGUUUGGUAUCUGAAACCAUACCGUACCAUCGGGAUUAUCAUGUUUUAUUUCCAAAAGAAAGAGCGAGUUAUAUGAAGAGAUUGCGUGGCAUAGUAGACGAACUUGAAUAUUUGAAACCAGAAUUUCAACGUCGAGUUCAUGAACUUAACAAAGCAGAUAUGGGAUUGCAACCACCUCAACUUAAUGGAACAGAAAUGGUUUCACAUCAUUCAGAAUUUAUGGGAUUGCCUUCUUCAAAUAAAAGUUCUUACUCAACCUUGGAUUUUCAGAGGCCAGGCAGUCUGGCUCUUCAACCUUCAUGGAAGUAUAAUAGUAAUACUCAGGUUUCAUCUUCAAAUUCUUUGCAAAUUGACAAGCAGUUCCAGAAACUCAGCUCUUUUGGUUUACCUCUUCCAAAGAAAGAAACCUUAUCAAGACACUCACUUUUAGGUCCAACUGGUCUUCGAGGUCAGUGGCUUGGACCUAGUGCAGAGACAAAGGUCCAAUAUCCUAGCAAUACUGACUUGGUGGUACCCGCUGAAAAUUUAGGCCUAAAUCAAUCUGGACAAUAUGAUAGUGUGACUGUAAAAGAUGAUGAUCCUGAAGAGGCUAAAUCUAUGAUGGAAUCGGUCCUCUCCCUAGAUGAUGGUAAAUGGUCACAUCAUGUCGAGGAUUUGGGUUCUCCAUUAGCUAAUGAAGCAAGGGAAGAUCCCUUCCGUUUUGCUGGUGUGAAGCAACCUUCUCCUCCUCCUGUUCUUGCUCAAUUGCAUCAUGACUAUGCGCCAAUUUGUCCUUCAAAAGUGGCUGACCCUAGGCCUGGACCAGCGAAGCCUCCUUUGGAUGGAACGCAGAGCACUGAGUCAUAUCAACAUUUAAAUGUUCCAGUAUAUAUGAUGGAAGAUUUUUUGAGGUUAGCUCGGGAAAAUACACGGAAAAAUUUAGAAACAUGUGGUGUUCUAGCUGGCUCAUUGAAAAACAGGGUUUUCCAUAUCACUACACUUAUCAUUCCAAAGCAGGAGUCAACUUCAGAUUCGUGUCAAACAUUAAAUGAAGAAGAAAUAUUUGAAGUUCAAGACAGAUUGUCUCUUUUCCCCCUGGGGUGGAUUCAUACGCACCCAACGCAAACUUGUUUCAUGUCUUCAGUUGAUUUGCAUACCCACUACUCAUAUCAGAUUAUGUUACCAGAAGCAAUUGCAAUCGUAAUGGCUCCAACGGAUGCAUCCAGCCCUCACGGCAUAUUUCAUCUGUCAGACCCAGCUGGUGUGUCCGUGAUCCGAAAUUGCCAGCAGCGGGGAUUUCAUCCUCACGAGGAGGCUUUGGACGGGAGCCGAAUAUAUGAGCAUUGUUCCCAUGUCUAUAUGAACCCUAAACUGAAAUUCGAUGUUGUUGAUCUUCGGUGAGUGGCUGUUUCAUCUAUAAUUUAUUCUUGGUGUUAACAGAGAAUUUCUUUUUCUUUUGAACAUGGGGAAUCAUGGGUUAACAAUAGAUAUCAUGGUGUUGUAAAUUUAACUCAACAUUGCAUUAUAUAUAUAUAUAUAUAUAUCUCUAUACACACACACACACAUAUAUUACUUCAAAAAACUUCUUAAUUGUAUCCUUAAAUGUUUUUUUUGAUUUGA